GCUGCAGCCCAGAGUCUGUACCUGCAAAUGUCGCUCAGUGCUUUAUAUCGACGGUUCACAUGUGCGAAUAACGAACAACUAUUUCGAGCCAUGGAAUUCCGACAGACCCCGAGUUUCGAGAUCAUGUUGUUGGCUCAGAAUAUCCUUGUCGAUGGAGAGGCGCUCUACCAAUCUCGGAUGCCCGAGCUGGAAGAGGAAUGGUUAACUCUACCGGGCGUCCAGGCUGCUGGGAAUCCACCGAUUGCGUUCCAUUUUUCCGCUGGGGAGGCUGAUGCAAUCGAGGAGGAUGCCGCUGGCGCCAUAAAGACCAUGGAAUUGAUGCAGAGUUUAAGACAGUCGUUCGGUAACUUGUGGUCCGAGCAAGGGGUAGUCUCACCGGGCCACCAUGAUCAAGUGAAACUGCUUCCGGACCAAGCCAAGGCCGAGAUCGUUGGCCCACUCGCCCACUCCGAGAAGGACAGAAUGGCAUGGGAAAAGUCAUGGCCAUAUCAUGGAUAG